CGCGUCCAGACAAGUCGCCGACACGUUCGUCUCCGCAAAUAAUACACAUAACAAGAUUAAAAAUAACAAGGAGCGACUAAGGACAUGAAAUCGGGGGAAAGCUCGCUGAUUUGACAAGUUCCGUCCUGCUAGUUCUUCACUCCUGUUCUGGGUGUUCUCCUGCUCCCUCGCCAGUCCUGUUCUGCUUGUUCUGUGGUCUUGGUCUCCUGGUUUCAAUCAACUCACCUUCCUGAAGAUGAGCAGCAAGAGAAAAGGUUACGAGAGCACACAGAAGCCCAAUGGAGACCUAUGCGAAUUUUUGCUCGAACUGGCAGACUAUGAGCGGAAUGUAAAUCGCAACAUUCACAAAUACAAUGCUUAUCGGAACGCUGCAGCUGCCCUAGGGGAGUAUCCCACGCGUGUUAAAGACGGCAAUGAGGCCAAAAAGAUCAAAGGCAUCGGCACGAAGAUUGCAGACAAGAUUGAAGAGUUUCUGAAUACGGGGAAAUUGACGAAACUGGAGAAGAUUCGUGCGAGCGAGACCAACGUCGCCAUCAACCUUCUCAAUCGCGUGACGGGCAUCGGACCAGCCAAAGCGCGGGAGCUCGUCAACGAAGGAAUUCUUAACCUGGAAGACCUCAGGAAAAACCAAGACAAACUGAAUCACCAUCAGAUCAUCGGACUGAAGUACUUUGAUGAUUUUGAAAAGCAGAUUCCAAGAGAAGAAAUUGAGAGAAUUGAGGAUGAGGUAAGAAAGCAAAUCAACGAGAUCGACUCGAAGUUCAUCAUUACAAUCUGCGGGAGUUAUCGCCGAGGUGCCAAGAGCAGCGGGGACGUGGACGUUCUGCUGACCCACCCUGCCUACACCUCGGACACGGAGAAACGGCCGGAUCUGCUGAAGAAAGUCGUGAAUCAGCUUAAGGAGGGCCAGUUGAUCACUGAUACCUUGUCAUUAGGAGAUAUCAAGUUUAUGGGAGUGUGUCAGCUGGAGGAGGACCUUCCCCACCGGCGUCUCGACAUUCGAUUGUUGCCGCACGACCAGUACUUCUGCGGUAUUCUGUACUUUACGGGCUCGGACAUCUUCAACAAGAACAUGCGGGCACAUGCGCUAGAGCAGGGAUUCACGCUGAACGAGUACUGCAUUAGACCCAUAGGCAGCACAGGUGUUGCUGGAGAGCCCUUGCCGGUGUCGAGCGAACGAGACAUAUUCGACUACAUAGACUAUGAGUACAAGGAACCCCAUGAAAGAAAUGUGUAGCAUGGGGUAGAAGCCGGAUAUUUGCGAAGGUGUAUACUUCUCUUAGACGUGUCGUGGGUUGAUUAUUUGCGGUAGAAAUGUUUUCGUGAUCUUUCCGAUGACCUCACAGUUUUCUUUUCAGUACAAAAAGUUGUUUUAAUUCAACUUUCAGGAAAAUUGUAUGAUUAGAGAUUAGAUAUUUGUUUAAUGCCUGUACUGUAUUUAUUUUUUUAACAAGAUAUUUAUUUAUUUAUUUAUUUAUUUAUUUAUUUAUUUUUAUUUAUUUUUAUUUUAUUUUUUAUUAUUAUUAUUUUUUUAGGAUAACCUUCUGAUUAGAUUUUAGAUGUGCUUUAGUACUUUUUUUUUUAAGAUUAUUUAUUUAUUUUUAUUUAUUUUUAUUUUAUUUUUUUAUUAUUAUUAUUUUUUUAGGAUAACCUUCUGAUUAGAUUUUAGAUGUGGUUUAGUACUUUUUUUUUUUUUUUAAGGAUUGUGUAUUUUUUAAAUAAAGUUGUAGGAAACAUAUCGUAUUUGAUGACAUAAGACAAAAAACAAAGAAAACAGAAAAAAAACGACACUAGGUCUUAUAUAUAUAUACAAAGGUGUGUACACUUUUUAUCCUCUGAUACUCUGUCAGAGUAUUUUAUAUGCAAUCAAAUAUUGUAAGUCAGAAAUGGGAUGCCUUAGAUGUAAAUGUAAUCCAGUUUUCUGAAGUUUAUCCUAAUAAUGAUAAAGAUUUUGGUCAAAGAGGGAGUAACUGUUGGCAUUUUGUUAGAUACUGUUUGGAAAAUAAAGGAAACACACAUUCA